UGUCCAAAAACAAUAUGUACCUUAGCUGCUGUAGUUUGCAUUUCAUGACGGCCGAAGGGUCGCGCAUGCGCAAGACAUGUAAUGCGCGGAGUCAGGGUUCUAACAUAUAUCCACAAAUUCCGAUACUAGAUUUAGAAUCAAUAUUGUAUUGUUGUUUUCUGACUGUGUUCUUUGUGUUUUCAUUAAAAGAAAAAGGCACUCCGGGAGAAUCGGACACGACGGCGAGUAAUGAUGACGUAGGGUGUUGUGUGCCGUAAAGGAUCGUGCCAUCGUUGGUUGUUUGCUCACGUCUACCGUGUCUUGUGGCUGCAAGAUGGUGUUGCGGCUCCUUUGCCAAGCGUUUUGACCAUUUCAAAGUACUUGUUGUUCAUCUGGCUCGAGCGAGGGACGUUCCCGAGACGGAAGGUCAAUCCCAACUGGGUUUGCUUGAAAGUUUGGCGUUCUACUUAGCUUAACCCAGUUUGCAAACAAAGACAACACCGAGUGCGGAAAAUGAGCACAAAGACGACUGCGGCGGCCAAUUUCCAUCUUUUGCAGGCUCCACUUGGAGAAAUCAGUGAGCGGCAGGAAUACCCGCUAAUUGAAGAGGAAGCAGAUGAUGAACAAAUCAAGGAGAGCGAGGAAAAUCUCUCGGCUUAUGUCAAACAAGAGGAUGCUGACCAGCCCGUGUAUAUCAAAGAGGAAGAAGAAGAUAUCAACAAGUUCUUCAUAACCGAUGGCGAGGAUGAAGGUCCGAGCGAGGCCGGCGGAGGGUCGGCGCCUCCCGACGGCAGUGACGACUCCAUGGAGGGAUCCCAGGAGAACGGCCUCAUCGCCCCGCUAUCAGAUAGCGAUGAAGACUUUGAAGGUCACACAACAGGAACCCCAGGAAGCAUCAUGGAGUGGCCGAAAUUGCAACGUGCUUUCGCUGUUGAGGCAUUUUUUUCAAGCGGUCGCUCAAUCGUCGCAACGCAACGUGCAUUCCGUAGACAUUUCAACAUUGCCCCCCGUGGUCGUGUUCCUGGCCGGCAGUCGAUUGUUUCAUGGGUAAACAACUUCAGGGAAACGGGUGAUGUAAAGAAAAAGAAACCUGGCCUCCCACGAACAGCAAGGACACCCCAAAACAUUGACGCGGUGAGACAAUCUGUUUUGAGAUCUCCCCAACGGUCUGCCCGCAAACACGCAUCUGCUCUUGGGUUGUCUGCUCGUUCUGUGAGACGAAUCCUCCAUGAAGAUUUGAAAUUUCAUCCCUACAAAUUAGCUAUGGUGCAGGAACUUAAUCCACGUGAUUUUAUUGCUCGUGAAAAUGCAUGUGAGGUGCUUUUGGGCUUGCCUGACGACACACUUAUUUUCUUCAGUGGUGAGGCUCACUUCCAUCUCUCGGGAUCUGUAAAUAAGCCAAACAUGCGCUAUUGGUGUCCUGAAAACCCAAGAGAACUUCAUCAACGUCCUCUACAUGCACUACAUGUAACUGUUUGGUGUGCACUAUCGCGAGUUGGCAUAAUUGGCCCAUGGUUUUUUGAAGAAAACGAAGAGGUAGUAUCGGUGACACCUGACCGUUAUGUCAACAUGAUCAAUGAGUGUUUCCUGCCAACACUGAACUCAAUGGGUGUGGAAAAUGUGUGGUUCCAGCAGGACUGUGCCAUGGCACACACAGCGCGCGCAUCAAUGAUUGUUUUGCGGCAGAACUUCCCAGGACACCUCAUCUCCUUGAGGGGAGAUCUGCAUUGGCCAGCACGAUCCCCUGAUUUAUCACCAUGUGACUAUUUUUUAUGGGGAUAUCUGAAAUCAAUUGUUUACAACGAUCGUCCUAGCACCCUGAGUCAUCUCAAAAACAACAUUCGCCGAGCUGUCGCCAACAUACCCAUUGAUAUGCUGGAAAGGGUUGACCAAGACUUCAGAGUUCGAUUAACUCAGUGUAUAGAGAAGAAUGGACGUCAUCUUACUGAUAUCAUCUUUAAAACUGAUCACAUUGUUCCAGACUAUUCCAAGAUGAAACCUCAAGAGAGAUGUUACACGGUAGAAGAGGAGCUGGAGCUCAUCACAAACAUUGACGAACAUGAAUCGGGAGAUGAGGACUGCGAUGAGGAUGAAUAUGAAGAUGAUGAACCUUGUGUAAUCUUGGAUGACUGUCCAGAUUCUGAUGAUGAUCAACCUGAGGAAGACACUGAAUACGUCCCAACAUCAUUGAAUGAGGAUCAGUUCCGGAGCUCAAGCUUACCCUCAGAAGAGCAUGCUAAGGAUGGAACAGUAUGGAGACACGUUCCACACAAUGGCACCAAAAGAGGCAGAGUCCAUGCAGGAAAUUUGAUGCAUAGUUCUGAAGGACCUACUGCUCAAGCAAAAAAAGCUAUCACAUCUCCUCUCACAGCAUUCCUGUGUCUACUAGACCCAACGAUACUGCAGAAGAUUCUUGAAUACACGGAGGCAGAGGCUCUGAGAUCAAGCAGUAGCCCUAUGAACUUCACUAUGGACGAACUGAAAGCUUUCAUUGGACUACUUUUCAUGCGAGGCAUCACAGGCGGCAAUUCUAUGGUCCUAGAUGACUACUGGACCGAAGAUUUUGGCUAUACAAUAUUCAGAAAGACAAUGAGCCGAGAAAGAUUCAGAGCUCUCAUGAGGUAUCUACGUUUUGAUGACAGAACGACAAGAAAGGCGAGACAGGAAGAGGACAAAUUUGCCUUGAUCUCUGAAAUAUUUGGACAGUUUGUGAAGAAUUGCACCAACUUCUACAUACCAGGAGCCAACAUCACAGUAGACAAACAGCUUUUCCUAACGAAGGCUCGUUGUCCUUUUACCCAGCACAUUGCCACGAAGUCUAAUAAGUUUGGAAUAAAAUUUUGGGUGGCAGUGGAUGUUGAUUCACAUUACAUGAUCAAUAUGUUCCCUUACUUGGGAAAAGAUGAAUCUCCCCCUGCAGGCCAUAGACUGCCAGACAAUGUGGUGCUCCAACUCAUGGAACCAUUUCUGGAUAAAGGAAGGAAUGUAACAACUGAUAACUUUUUUACAUCAAUGCAACUUGCAAAAAGUCUACUGCAGCGUAAAACCACAAUUGUUGGCACAAUGAAAAAAACAAGACGCGAAAUACCCCCUUCGGCAAAGCAACAGUGGGCUUCCACCAGGGUGAUGCACUCUAACAAUGCUACACUUACAGUCUAUCAAACAAAGGCAAAGAAAAAUAUGUGCGUUCUUAGCACGAUGCACCGGGAGGUUGAGUUUGAUGAAGUCACAAAAAAGCCCAGCACCAUCAACCACUUCAACAUAACAAAAUGUGGUGUGGACAUCAUGGAUCGAUUAUGUGUAGGCUGUACUCAGUGAAGGUAGGCACAAGAAGAUGGCCUGUUGCUUGUUUCUAUAAUAUGCUGGACAUUUGUGGACUAAAUGCACACGUACUGUACAAACAAUGUAAGAACACACACAUCCCCAGAAAACGUUUUCUCCUUCAGCUUGUGAAGGAGCUCUGUGCGCCCCAGAUAGUAGCAAGGCAAAUAGUAGCCUGCCAAUCAAAAGUGAUACCACAAACACUUUUUUCUGCAACACCAAGUCCACCAGCGAAAAGGAGGCGUUGCCAAAUAAAGAGGUGUGGAGGAAACAAAACAUCAGAUGUCUGUCAGAACUGUAGCCGGCUGACUUGCGGCUCAUGCUGUACUCCUGUAUUAGUGAUCUGCCAGGAUUGCAGUUAGUGAUUAACCAAUGUACAGAGUUUGUGUUUUGUCCAAAUCUUUCAGAUGUUGAAUUGUUUUUUGUUUUGUUUUUGUUAUUCUCUUAGGUCUUACAGCAGGGGUGCCCAAAUCGGUCCUCAAGGGCCGCUGUAGGUCCAGCGUUUUGUUCCUACCGAUCGAGCAAAGACUGUUAAACCAAUGAGAAUUUUGGUAAAACAGGCAGCACCUGACAACAACAAACUGAUUACAUUCGUAAGACACCAGAUUGGUUCAAAGGUGUCGUACCACUACGGCCCAAAGUGGAAUAAUUUGGGGACCCCUGCCUUAGAGUCAAUAUUAUCUGCCAACAGAAAAUGGUUUUAGGACGGUUGAAAUGAAAUGUACUGGUCAGAAUUUGCCUCACGUCGGUUUCAGCCAUUUUACUCUGGACUAUGGGCAAGAGCUCUACUUAGUGCGGCUAUUGACAAAUACCAAUAAAAAAUAUAAAGUUAUGGGUGUAGUCUGCCUUUCGCCCGAAGUCAAUUGGGAUCGGUUCCAGCACCCUGCGACCCUGACAAGGAUGAGAAGUGUUGAAAAUGAAGUCUGGGAAUAAUAUACAA